AUGAAGACCAAGAACCGGCCCCCUCGGCGCCGGACACCCAUGCAGGACACCGAGGCCACCUCCGGGGAGCAGACCCCGGACAGAUCCCAGCCGGGCUCAGGGCCAGAACUGGCGAAGGGUCUACGAAGCAGGACAGCCCGGGCGGCGGCGACCACUCGGGCCGAGGUGGGCCGCCGCCGCCAGGGACCCAGCAGCAGCCGCAGGGAGAACAGCAUCCAGAGGCGGCUGGAGAGCAAUGAGCGCGAACGGCAGCGGAUGCACAAACUCAACAAUGCCUUCCAGGCGCUGCGCGAGGUCAUCCCGCACGUGCGGGCAGACAAGAAGCUCUCCAAGAUCGAGACGCUAACGCUGGCCAAGAACUACAUCAAGUCGCUGACCACCACCAUCCUCACCAUGUCCAGUAGCCGCCUCCCAGGCCUGGAGGGGCCCGGUCCUGCACAGGGUCCUAAGCUCUAUCAACACUACCACCAGCAACAGCAAGUGGCUGGGGCCACCCUUGGGGCCACCGAGGCCCAGCCUCAGGGCCACCUGCAGAGGUACUCCACGCAGAUCCACAACUUCAGAGAGGGCAGCUAGCACCUGGCCCUCGGUUGGGGUGGCAGUGGUGGCCCGGCCUGCUCCUCCCAGCCCUGGUCCCUCGGUGCCACAAGCCCCAUACUGGUGGGAACACUCCACGAGGUGGCAUUGCUCGAGAGACUCUGUUUUCCCUGGUCCCUCAGCUCGGCCACCAGCCUGGGGCAGGUUCUCCCAGCCCUUGUGGGGAACCAGUGGUCUGGCCAAGUUAACUGGAAACUCAGAUAUCAGAAGAAGGGCCAGUCCUUGUUGUUCCUUUACUGGGACAGGUAGACUGGACACGAACAGAAAAGCCCUUGACAACCCUUUUCU